GAAAACCACCAGAGGAGAGAGAGAAAGGGAGGGAGGGGAAAGCAGAGGGAGAAGGGUGGGUAUUAAAGGGUGGGAGGAAGGCAGUGAGGGAGGCGGGGGCCUCAGAGUGGAAGGAGGGAGCAGAAGGGCGGGGCAAGAGGCCCAACCGAGGACAGACUCCAACUCUGACUUCUUCAGCGACUCUCGGCUCUCCUGCUCUGAGCCAGACAUGUCACUCCUCCUGUUGGUGGUCUCUGCCCUCCACAUCCUCAUUCUUGUCUUGCUUUUUGUGGCCACUUUGGACAAGUCCUGGUGGACUCUUCCAGAGAAGGAGUCCCUGAACCUGUGGUAUGACUGCACAUGGAACACCACCACUCAAACAUGGGCCUGCAGUAACGUCAGUGAGAAUGGCUGGCUGAAGGCAGUGCAGGCACUCAUGGUGCUGUCUCUCAUCCUCUGCUGCCUGUCCUUCAUCCUCUUCAUGUUCCAACUCUACACCAUGCGACGAGGAGGGCUCUUCUAUGCCACCGGCCUCUGCCAGCUCUGCACCAGUGCAGCUGUGUUCUCCGGGGCACUGAUCUAUGCCAUCCACGCCGAGGAGAUCCUGGCAAAGCACCCUCGUGGGGGCAGCUUCGGUUACUGCUUCGCCCUGGCCUGGGUAGCUUUUCCACUCGCCCUGGUCAGCGGCAUUGUCUACAUCCACCUGCGGAAACGUGAAUGAGCGCUGUGUCCCCUAGAAAAUAAAUCCAUUUAACCACG